AUGGAAGAAAAUGCUGUAAAAAUUGCGAAGAGGAAAGAAAGUGGAGCUGAGGAAAAGUCCAAUGCAAAUAACUCACCUCGUCUCGAGAGAUCACCAUCAGUUGAUUCGGCUUCUUUAAAAUGUGUAAAUAAUUAUAGCUUUUCCAAGAACGAAGAUAUUGAUUCCUCGUCGAAAGAUUCUAGCCAACCAGAAAAAGCAAAGGCAUUGUCAAAAGAAACAGUUUCCAAAGAGCCUCCUUGUGAAAUGAAGGACUUUAUAAAAUAUCAUGAUAUCGGACUUUUUAAAAACAACAAUGAUUCCGGAAGAGCAAUAGUGGAUGAUACAUCCAGAGUAGAAAUAGUCCAGCUUGGUUGGAAAUACUUUCAAAAUAGUGAGGGGCCAUUCAUGCCAACAAACAAUCGUGCAAUGAUUCGAAAUUGGUUUAAGAAAAAAAUGGGCGAUGGUCGUGGUAAAGAAUCAUCUUUGGAGCAAGAAGGUGGAUUUACACAGUGGAAAGCACCUGAAAGAAUCACCGUUCAUGCAAAUGUCAAGAAUCAUCGGGAAAGUUUGGCACAGUGGAAAGAAGUGACGUUGUAUUUCAUCAAAAAUAAAGGGGCCAUUGAUGCGAGAAUUUCGUCACAGAUCGAGGCAGAAGAACUUAAGUGGCGUGAAGUUUUGACAAGAAUUCUUCACUGCAUAAAGUUUCUAGCUACUCAAAAUUUGGCUCUGCGAGGACACAGAAAGUCACUUCACAUUCUCAGCGAUUCCAAUUUGGGAAAUUUUCUCAACUUGCUGAAACUUAUAGCCGUAUUCGAUCCUGUUUUAAAAGAGCAUCUUAAAAAUCCCGAAAGUCAUCCUGAAUCCACGUCAUACCUCUCUACCAAUAUUCAAAAAAGAAUUAAUUCACCUCCUGGCAUCCACUUUAUUGUGAAAGAAAGUUUCCUUGACUUCAUGGAAAUUACUGUCAAGAAUGCUAAAGGAGUGGAAAACAAGAUUUUAGAACAGCUACAGAAAGUUAAUAUGAACUUUCAAGACUGUCGGCCACAGUACUACGAUAAUAAUGCUGUAUUUGCUGGACAUAAAAAUGGCGUCAAUGAAAGAUUGAAGAAAAAAACCGACUUGCAUUGUUUGUAA